GCUUUUUCAGAAGACAUCGCUACAAGUCGUUCAUCAUGCCUCGGAUUAACAUUAAAGGGGGUGUUUGGAGGAACACUGAGGAUGAAAUUCUCAAAGCUGCUGUUAUGAAAUAUGGCAAGAAUCAGUGGGCACGGAUAGCUUCUUUGCUACACCGCAAAGCCGCUAAGCAGUGUAAAGCUAGGUGGUACGAAUGGCUUGAUCCCAGUGUCAAGAAAACAGAAUGGAGCCGUGAAGAAGACGAAAAGUUACUACACCUUGCAAAGCUUAUGCCAACUCAAUGGCGAACAAUUGCUCCGAUUGUUGGGAGGACUGCAAAUCAAUGUUUGGAACGCUAUGAAUAUCUUUUGGACAAAGCACAAAACAGAGAAGGGUUGUCCGCAGAGGAGGAUCCUAAACGCCUCCGCCCUGGCGAAAUCGAUCCAAAUCCGGAGACUAAACCUGCCCGUCCAGAUCCUGUUGAUAUGGAUGAAGAUGAAUUAGAAAUGCUUUCAGAAGCUAGAGCACGGUUAGCCAAUACACAGGGUAAAAAAGCAAAGCGCAAAGCUAGAGAACGUCAGCUUGAGAUUGCGCGAAGAAUGGCUAUGAUGCAAAAGCGUCGAGAACUUCGAGCAGCUGGUCUAGGAACAUUCUUAGGAUUAGCACCGAAAACGAAGCCAUGCAUGGAUUAUAAUUCCGAAAUUCCAUUUGAGAAGCAACCUCCUAAAGGGUUUUAUGAUACUAGUAGGGAAAAACCAGAAAUCAAACCUAUGGACUUUCAACGUUUAAGACUUUCAGAUAUCGAAAAAGAAAGUUUCAUGGAGAGGGAAAAGCGUGAACGUAAAAAGGAUGCUGAACGCCAGGCUAAACGUAUGCAAUCUGAUUUACCUGGAGUUAUUUUGCAACGUGGGAAUUCUUUGGAUGAGCCAAUGUUAAAACGAUCUAAACUUGUACUUCCUGCUCCUCAAGUAUCUGACCUGGAAUUGGAAAAUUUAAUCAAAGUUGGUCAAGCCGGUGAAAAUGCCGUAAGAAUGGCUAUUGAAGAUGCUGAUGGUGAAUUGGGCUCUGCAACACAUCCUCUUUUACCGGAAUAUCCUACCGGUAGUUUUGCAACACCUGCGUUAAAUCUUCAACGCACUCCAAUGGCUGUGAUAGAUUCUGUGACUAGAGAAGCACAAAAUAUUUUAGCUUUGCAACAAGUUCAAACUCCUCUUAAAGGUGGUGAAAAUACUCCAUUAGUUGGUGAAUCUGAUUUUUCUGGUACAACACCUCGUUUACCAAAUACUCUAGCAACUCCGAAUGUUUUACUUCCUAGUCAAAUAGUUGGUGCUACUCCAUUUCGUACACCGAACAGCAAUAUUGAAAAUGGCACUCCAAAUCUUCUCAUGGGUGGUGAUGCUAAUAAUACACCUGGUCCACUAAGAAAAGGUGAACAAAAUUAUGGUCCUCCAAUGUCAAAUACACCACUAAGAAACCGUUUGAAUAUAAAUCCAAUCGAUGGAAAUAAUUUAGAUGGUCUUAACAAUAAUCAUUCCGAAGGUAUGGUAGACUAUUAUGAUCAAAAUGGUGUAAAAACAAAUCUACGCAAAAGUUUGGCUAAUCUACCAACACCGAAGAAUAAUUUCGAAAUAUUUCUCCCUGAUGAAACUAAACCUAACGGUGAUGAUGCCGAUGAUAAUGAUGUUGAAGGUGUUAACGUAGAUAUGGAUCAAUUGGAAGAAGAGAGGGGAACUGCUUCAAGAAUUCCAGAUCAGUCAGAUUUAGAUAGGCAAUCUGAAAGAGAACGUGCUAAAGCCGCUGAAUUGGAAUGGUCUAAACGAAGUCAAGUUGUUAGACGAUCUUUACCUAGACCAUCAGCUGUGAACCAUACAAUUUUGCGUAAUAUUCCAGGUUCAGUCAACCAACUAUCACAACAAGAUGCGAAUAUGACAGAUUUACAAAAGGCUGAAGAAUUGAUUAAACAAGAAAUGGUAACAAUGAUGCAUUAUGAUAAUUUAAACAACCCACCACCAAAUCAAUUGUUGGAUGCAGCUAAACAAACUACUGGUCCAAGUGGUAGCAGUGGUGUUGCUCCAGCUAGUCAACAACGACGUUAUUUACAACAGAUGAAAGCUACACAUGAAAGCUUUUUGAAAGAUUGUCCAUAUGAACAGUUUGUUCCGGAUGAUUUGAAAAUGGCGGAGAAUUUAUUGGAAGAGGAAAUGCAUGUCGUUCGAAAUGGUAUGGGACAUGGUGAAUUAUCAGCUGAAGCAUAUGCUAAAGUUUGGCAUGAGUGUUUAAGCCAAGUUUUAUAUUUGCCAGCACAUAGACGUUAUACACGAGCUAACUUAGUAACAAAACGUGAUCGGAUUGAAUCACACGAAAAACGAUUGGAUCAACUUCGUCAUCUUAUGGCUGAAGAAGCUAAACGAGCAGCAAAACUGGAGAAGAAACUCAGGAUAUUGUUAGGUGGAUAUCAGGUAAUCUGUAAUGUACAACGUUUUAAAAAUUACCUUGAACCUAGUAAAUUUAUUGACCAAGUUGUUUCAAACUUUCUGUCAUUUGUAUAUAUGUGUGCAAAAAAUGAGUGUACAUUUUCUCAAGAAUUUAUUAGAUUUUCCAAGGUAUUCACCCGCCGAAAAUAAGUUCGGAGAUCUAAUGUUUUGUUAUAUUUAUGGAAUGACUUGAUGAAAUGUAGUUGCAUAACCUUACACACUGUCGCUCGUUGUUAGUAUACUUGUGAAUAUAGUAUGCAUUGUGCUUGGUUGAUGAACAUGUACGUAAAGAAAGCAUCUUCAACCACUAAUGCCUACAAAGAAGUAAUUUGGCAAACAAUGUUACCCAUCUCAUGGAAUUAUAUAUAGCCUCUGGUUUCGGAAGCUUUCUGAAUAAAUAAUCGUUAUUAUACUUAACACGUAACUUAUGUGUGCUUCAUAAUAGAUCUAAGCAUAACUUUAUUUUUAGAUUGUACUCAUCACAGGUUGAUCUCAGUUAGAGUAUUAUUAAAAAAUGGAAAACACUAUGCAGCUGUUUCUUCUUGUUACGGGACUCUGUAGUACAUUGCAUCCGCAAUCCUAUCAGGGAUCAAAUCCAAAACCUUUAUGUCUCACAGCAAACUUUUGACCACAAAGUCACUGGUUUAGUGCUCACUGAUACACUUACAACUUCAAUUAAUUUGCAAUAAAGCACAACGACUAUUCAAUGUUAUCAGUGAUAAUUGUUUCACUUUAAACACGUUUGAACUCUGUCAGUCACAAUUUUGUUCUACGAACUAAUUCUAUCUUCCUGUACUAUCUCCUUAUACACCCUCUUUCUUCUAUAUAUUGCCACCACUGAAUUAACUACUUCUAUGAAUCCGGUGUUCAUCUUGUUGUGCUAAUGCGGUAUGGCAACUUGGACCGAUGCAUAUACGUGCCUGGUCCUACGUUGCAGCUGACUGACUGACUGAGUCACAAUUUUACUUACUGUAUAUUUCUCAGUUAUCAGUAGACGGCUCUCCAGUUCUGUUUUAUAAACUCAAGAUUUAAUAAUCCUUUUUUAUUUCAUAUCCUAUUCAAUAAAAUAACUAAAUCACAUUUCUCUUACUAUCUAUUAUUAGUCACGUGCACAAACCUUAAUGAAAGCCAUUGAAGAAAGUGUCGAUCAAAUUGAACAAAGUCAAAUGGAAUUAACCACAUAUGAACGACUUCAUGAGCAAGAAUUAUGCGCUAUCGCUAGACGUUCUGAUGUUUUAGAAGCUGAUGUUGAACGUCAACAAAAACGAAAUGCUGAUCUUCAACGAGAGUAUGGUAGAUUAAUUCGUAUUCGUGAAGAACGUGAAGCAGACGCUUUCUUAGCUAGUAAUAUGGAUUUAAUUAGUAAUGAUGGUGGUGGUGGUAAAGAUGAUGGCGAUACAUCAAUAUCGGUCACCGCUAGUGGUGAUGUCACAUCUAUCUCAACGGAUAUACAUAAUCAAUCUAAUACUGAAUCAUCACAAGCACAAAAACAAACAAUGGUAUAUGGAAAUAAAAAUAUAGUAUCAGGCAAGUGGAUUGCUGUGACACAGAUUGAAAAUAGAGAAGAUCCUGAUCAACCGAUGUUGUUAUCCAAUGGAGAGAUUCCUACAAAGUCUCUUCAUGAUUCAAAUCAUUUCGAACAUGAUAAUAAUGAUAAUCAUCUUCACUAUACUACUGAUGAAAAUAUUGUAUCUCCUUCAAAUAACAAUGAGAAAACAUCGUCUAAUGAUACAGAAUCAUUGAAUAAUAUCAUGAUAGAAUCAACAGUAAAGCAACAAACUAUUAGUUCACAUUAAAAUGUUAUUUUAUCUAAUUUCCAUGUAUACAGAAUUGUUUUUGCCUACCUUCCCUCUCUCUCUCUCUCUCUCACACACACACACACUAUCUCUCUCUCCCUCUCAAUUUGAUUUUCAUGCUUCCCAAGUGUGUCCUAUUCAUUUUUUUUUAUUUCCCUUCCUUUUGUGUAUGAACACUUCAGAAUUUUCUAUACAUUAUGCAAAGUUUAAACGAACUAACUAAUGGGGAUUUGUUUACUGUUUUCUUUAUAGAUUAGUGAAUUAUGUAUUCAUGCUUGUAUUGAAAAAUAAAGAAAAAAAAGCGUUUCGUUUCAUACCAUUAUAUCUAUUACUUUCUCUCUCUAUCUCUCUCUGCUAUUCACUUAAUUGUUUGUAAAGAAUAAUAAUAAUAAACAACGUAAUGAUUA